AUGGAUGAGUUUAACAAAGCAGUUGUUAGGAGAACUGUACAUAAUUUCUAUGUAUCUGACAAAUGUGUCCCGACAGUUGAGAAGUUGCGAUUGAGACUUUCCGAAGCCAUCGAUUUCAAAGGCUCCAACACAAGUUUGAGGCGAAUUUUGAAAGAACUGGGUUUCAAGUGGAGAAAGACUAGGAAUAACAGAAGAAUCCUAAUUGAAAGAGAAGAUAUAAGAAACAAAAGGAUAAAUUUUAUUAGGCAAAUGAGACAAUUUAGAAGGGAAGGCCGACCAAUAGUGUACACCGAUGAGACGUAUGUGGUAACCAAUCACGCUACUCCAAGUUCAUGGCAGGAUAGUACAAAUGGUGGACUUCAUGUUCCAGUUGGUAAUGGAGACCGUCUAAUCAUCGUACACGCAGGUGGAGAAGAUGGUUUUAUACCAAACACAUUUCUCCAGUGGAAAGCCAGCCAAAGUACAGGGGACUAUCACAAAAACAUGAACACUGUUAACUAUGAAAAGUGGGUACAAGAAAAACUGUUGCCAAAUCUGAAACCAAGAUCGGUAAUUAUUAUUGAUAAUGCCUCUUAUCACAAUGUGACACUGGAUAAAAUCCCAACAAAAAGUUCUCUAAAGGCGGACAUGCAGGCAUGGUUGACUCAACACAACAUAGAUUUCACACCAACAAUGUUUAAGGCAGAGCUUCUCAACCUAAUCCAGCAAAAUAAACCACCAACGAGAUACAGUCUAGACGAAAUCUUAGAGGGGAAUGACAGUGGUCAUACGGUUCUUCGUCUGCCUCCGUAUCACCCUGACCUGAAUGCCAUCGAACUCAUCUGGUCUCAGAUCAAGGGUUAUGUAGCUGAACGCAACACUCAGUUUAACAUGAACAGUAUUAUGAGAUUAGUUGAAGCGAAGGUAUCUGAAAUCGGUGCCAGUGAGUGGGAAAAGUGCUGCAGUCACGUGAAAAGUAUUGAAGAUCAGUAUUUUGAGAGAGAACAAUUAAUUGACGAGUUUCAUGAUGCUGUUAUUGUUGAUUUAGGACAAAGUGACAGUGAGGACAGUGAAGGUGCAGAUGAACCAUCUGAAGGAGAAGAGAUGGACCUUUCUGGGAUAGAGGAAUUGUAA